CAAACAUCAUCGUUACUCGUGGGGUAGCGGUCACAGUUCGUCAUCCCUGCACAGUAGUGCUGCCACCUUAGGCAUUGGGUCGGGCAAAGAUGAUUUGUGGGCUGCCAUACAAACCAACUACAAUUAUAUUAUGGACACAAACCUGUUGGAUACAUGUAAAGAGGCCAGAUGUGAAAUAGAGGGCGCUGCAAGUGUGUUGAAUAAUACAACGGAAACAUGUUUGAAGAUGCUCGAAGAAAGUAUUCCUAGUGUUGGUUCUUGUGAAGAUCCCAAAGAAUUACGCAAAUGGCUCCGAGAUAUGGAACAUAAAUUGGAAAGUGCUCCAUCCUUGUCAGAGGCUACAAUGCUGUCCUGUGCAGAAUUGCAAAAACAUUUAACUGAACAUUCGGUGUUAUACCAUGAAAUAGUAUCACAUGCUCGAAUAGUAAGUGCCUGUAUUAGAGCAGCCUCCGAAAAGGAACAGCAACAACAACAGAAACAGCAAUUACAAUUGCAACAACAGCAGCAGCAACAACAACUGCACCAAGAUUCCGAUGUCAGUUUAAUUGCGGAACAAACAAAUUCGUCACUAUCUUCUACUGACGAUACGGCCACCACUUCAUCGGGUAUUGUCUGCUGUUCCACUGAGUCCAACAAAUUACUCUCAACACCAACUGGUACAAAUUUAGCCAACAACAGCAAUUCAUCAAAUAUUACCUCAGCCACAACGAGCACAUCCCAUUCCCGUAAAUCGGAACUAAGUUUGGAACGCUUACAAAAUCGCUAUCAUCUCUUAUAUUUAAAAGCAUUUGAGGUCCAAUUGUGGCUGGACGGUUUGCUGAGAAAGAAAAGUUCAUCGGUGGACAAUUUAACGAAUGACGAUUUAGAUAGUGAAGAUAUUGAUGAUUCAAUUGAUGACACCAGCUCGGAUGAUAGUUUGGAUGGUCGUCGAAAUGCCGUUGAUGGCGCCACAGAAGAUGAUUUAAAUGAUUUAGCUUCCGAUUUGGAAAGUGACAUAAGACAUAAUUCACUGUCAUAUAACGAAGAAGAAGCAGAUUUGCAACAGCAACAUCAACAUUUAGACAAUUGUUGCAACAGCGAAGACAUUAGUAAUCCAACAUCGUCUCAUCAAAUACAUCAACAACGUUCCAACACCGGUGACAUCGAGGAAAGGCAAACAUUAAACAUUGUGUCGUCUCAUCAUCAGCAGCACCAACAACAACACAAGUUACAGCGUAACCACCAUCACCAGGUACAUCUUCUUCAAAAGGCUUCACGUGAUUGUAUUCAAACUAAGCUUGAUUUUGAAGACGAAGGUGACGACGAAGACGACGACGAGGAAGAGGCAGAUUACAACGAUGAAGAAGAAUAUCUCGAUACGGAUAUAGAUGAAAUUGAUUGUCCGCAGCAACGUAAACAACGCGGCUACACCAAACUUCUAGUCACCUUUGAUCGAUCCACAGGUGGUGGACGUUCUUCAGCGACUGGUAGAUACAAAGCAAAUUUAAGUUUAACCGAUUUCGAAGCCGAUUCCGAAAGUUCCGAUUUAGAAACGAUACAACAACGUAUACGUAAUCAACGUGCCACACCACUAAAUAUUGCUAACUGUGGUGGUGGCGGCAAGGCAUUGUUAACAUCGACGUCGGCAACGACCUAUAAAUACCUCAAUCUUGCAAACGGUAGUUUUUCACAAAAUCCGACAACAAAAAGAUACGCUUUUAGCAAUAAUAACAACACAAAAACGGCCACACAAUCAUCUACUUUGGUUGCAUCUAAUGUGGAUUGUGGUCUGGUUGCUGCCACUGAUACCACCGAUACAAACGGUGAAGUGUUGCUACAGCCGACAAUUGAAAAUAAUACUACUGAACUAGAAAGUUGUGAAAUAGAUGAGAUGCAAACUAAGGCAGCCGAUAUAUUGGUGAAUGCAACAACAAUGGUGGCUAAUGAUCGUUUACAUCUGCUACACAAUCACCAGAGAUUAACCCUUAUGGCAAUUACACAAAAUGGCAUGACAACCACAACAGGUUCAGCAGCAACCUCCAACGGUUCAACGUCAUCAUCAUCGGCAUCAUCGUCGUCGUCAUCCUCGGGUGCUUUGUCCGGUUGUUCGCUAAACGGUAGCAACGGUGGUAAUUCAAGUUCUACCAACGGCGGCAUUAUCGACAAUCACAACAACAGCACCAUGCAACACAAGUUAUCGUCAUCGGCCAGCGACAACAUCAACAACAAUCAGCAACACCAUCAGCAGCAGAACAAUUUUGCCAAUGGUGGUGCUCUUGUUGGUGGUAUAGUCGUUGGUAUCGGUGGUUGUUCUUCUGGCCUAACCAUGAAGCAGAAAAACAUUGCCAUUAUCUCGCCCAACAACAGUCACAAUGGCGCAAAAACACCGUCUCAUCAUCACAAUCAUCAUCAUAAUCAAUACCACAAACUGAACAACAAAUCGCCGACAGUGUUGCGCAAACACUACGAACACCAUCAUGCCUCGGAUAUUUCAAAAUUCAAUCGCUCAAAUCGCAAAUCGAAAAAUUGUGCCAUUUUCUAUUUUAAGCAUUUGGAUACGGACAACGAGACCAACUAUAGCAACAGCAAUUAUGGUGAUGAUGUCCACGAUGUUGUUGUUGGCGGUGGCAGAGAUGUCGGCGAUGAAGAUGAUAAUGGCAACAUUGUUGUUGCUGGACGACGACGCCGUGGUGGGGCGCUAUCAUCAUCGGCCGCCUCCUCACAUGCAAGUGAUCUUCUAAAAUCAGCGGAUGUCUCUUCAGACGACGAAGGUUGGCUAUACACAGCUGCUGCCUCAACACAACAGCAACAACAACACCACCAGCCAAGAUCAAUUGACGUUGUUGAUAUUGAAAGUUUGAAUUCCAAUCAUCAUAUCGCUCGUGGUAUUUCAGCGGUAUCCACUGAAUUGUAUAGCUACGAUCAUUUGGCCAUUAGUGCAGCAGCAGGAGCUGCUCCUCCUGGUAGCAUACAAUCCAGUACCGUAUCAUCUUCAACGUCGACGGGUAUUUUGACAGCGGCAUUUGCCGCCUCUUUAGGUUGUACCGCCAUAUAUGGUGACGCCGAUUCCGAUAAAGAAAACAAAGAGGCAACAGCCACUACAACACACUUACAAACAUCAAUUGCUACAACAACAGCAACAACAACAGCUCAUGAGUCGGACGUGAUUGUCAACGCCACAACUGAACCCAAUAACAACUCCACUGUCAAGGAGUCGUCAAGUAGUUCUUCGAGCAGUUCCAUUACCAGUAGUUCUUGUUCGUCGAAUGAUAUGUUGACGGAAGCAACAACGACCACAACCACGGGAGUCUCAAUCAAAACAAGUGCCACAAAAAUUCGUCCCAAGUAUCAUCAACGCCAAGAAAUGGAAUUACAAAUCAAUAAUAAUAACAACAACAACAAUCAUGGCAAUGACCAUCAACAAUAUAAUGACAAUAACAGCAACAAUGGUAAAUCGCCAACCUCAACAAUGCAACAUAUUGUCAAUAGCAACAAAAACAACAACAACAAUUGUGUCAGCACAAAUUCUCGCCACAAAACAAUCAACAACACCAGCGGCUUAGUCCCAACAGCAGCAUCAUCUUCAUCAUCUUCACCACCACCAGCCCAGCAACAUAACAGAAAUUCUUCAUUUUCCGAUGAUGCUGUCAAUGGAAAUCUGGAAAAGGAAAAUAUACGCUUUUAUACACGUGCAGAUAUUUGCAAUAUCAAUGUCAAAGCCAAUGACAAUCACCAAUACCACCACCAAUAUAACCAAGGCCAGUUCAAUUCACCCACAACAACAACAGCUUCGGCUCAACAACAACAUCUAAACUAUGGCCAACAAUUACAUGGGGCAAAUGUUGGCAAACGUUUGCCGCCCCGUUCACCGGCCAAAUCAAGCAUUUCACAAACAUCGACAAAUACCACCACCUCUACAAUUUCACCCAAUAAGGGUAAAGUAUCGCACGAAUCCAUCAAACAGUUGGUACUCGAAGCAGAGCAUUUAGUACGUGACGAAGCUUUGAAAACACCAACCAAGCAAAAGCAUUCCAUCAACAGUGGCGGUCUGGUGCAGAUAUCGUCAACCAUUAAAAAACGUGAAGUUAGUAUAAUGCCGGGUCCCAUAAAGCGAGUUCAGGAAUGGCUCGAACAUCAACCCACCACACCGGUCCAAUUGAAAACUCCACAGGAUCAUCAGCUGAUGAUAUCACCCUCUAGUGUAGCCGCAAGUCCAUCUCGCACCGAUGACUGUGAGGCAUCGGGUGAAGCUUCCGAAACCGAUUCCAUUCCCCAACACUGCUCCGAUGAUACCUCGGAGGGUUUCACUGAAUCCAUUGCCACUUGUAUGCAAACCAGCACCAAUUCCUAUGGCAAUUCCACCGAACGCAUGGGUGGUUCCGCUGAGCCCAUGGUGGUGCCGGGCAGCAAUCAGAGUUUGAAUGUAAAGGUAAUUAAACGCCAGCAGUCACGUCGCAAAUCCGAAAGACCCUGGUCGGUAUCUUGCCUAUCACAAUUGACCACCGAUGCCAAACAAGUGGCGGCCAAAGUCAGCACCAUCAGCAAUGUUCAAUCUGGUUUGGCUUCGCAUUCCAUAAGUGAAUCGGCAUUGGACUCAUUGUCGCCAGGCAGACCACGCACCUCAUCGACAGCGGCUCAAGUCAAGAGCUAUGACAGCAAGGGUUCACUAAAGCGGCGCAAGACACGCAAGAAGAAGCUUAGCUACAAUACAAAUGGCAAAAAGUCUGACACCAACUCGGAAGAUAAUCUGGAACAGACAGAAUUGAAUAAAUAUGGCAGCAGUAACAACAACAUGAUUCUAUCGUCUUCUGAGUCAAUGACACCACAGCAAAUGGCAGAAAUCACCCAAGCAUUGUUGCAAUUACAAAAUAGCAAUAACAACACCAACAAUAGCAAUAGUAAUAGCAAUGGUAAUAUUGCCAGCACCUCGGAACAAUUGAUUAACAAUUGUCCUACAGGAGCGGUAAAUCCAACAACAUCGAAUGCCGACAGUGGUGAAGAAGAAAAUCAUUUGAUGAAACCCAAUUUCCGUGUGGGUUCCUUUACGACCGCCUACAUGACCAAUGAAGCCCGUUUGGGUUCUUUGGCCAAAUUGGCAACAUAUAUGAAUGAUGAGGAAUUACAAGGAGAGUAUACAACGGGUACAGAAGAUCAUCAUAGCAGUUUCUCGGAGACAGCCUGGGAUAAUUAUCAAGAGAAAUAUAAUUCCGAAAAUUAUUCUGAAGGUUUUGAUUCGGAUGCUGCACGCAAAUUAUUGGAAUUUGGUGAUGACUAUCGCAAUUUCAUUGACUCACAAUCGGAUUGUUGUUCUUCAUUGUCGGCUGCCAACAAUUUGGAUUCACUCUCACCACCGCGCAUGGAUUCAUUGCAACAAAACGAAACUAAAAUUGUCAUAACACAAGAUACAAUUGUCAGUAGUGUGGAUCAUGCCAGACGACGUAGAGCACUUGAAUUGGAAUACGAAAGACGCCGCAAAAAUCUUGAGAUCAGACGUAAAUCUUGUCAAGAAUCAUUGGACUAUCCAAAUCCCAAGAGUCCAACAAUUGCUGCCCUCUCCUCGUCCACCCAGGCAUUGACACCGAAAAAUUCGGAACGUUUCAAUUUCCAACAGCAUAAAUUAGAUUCGGCUACACGUAAAUUGGAAUUCGGUAUGAGUCAUUCGGCUCAGUCGUUGAGACGCACCUCAGAAAGUGAUACGUCACAGAGACGUCGCAAGGCCGACGAACGUAGACGUUCAUCACGCAAUUUGGAAAAAUGUAUUAAACUGAUACCAGCCACUUCAUCGUCAUCGGGCGAUGACAGUGAUGAUGAAAAGGAAAUUCGUAAUUUAUUGCAUCAAUCACAAAAUCGUUUGGAUGAUACCAAGGCUUUGAAAAUACGUUGUCAUCUUUUGAGACCAGAGGAUUAUACUGAAAUUAUCAAUACUUGCCGUGAUAAUAUACGCUGUUUAGAAUCGGUUUUAAAAGGUCCCUCCAGUUCGGUACUCUCCACACAAUGUGUUAGCCAAUCGAAAGAUUUAUUAGCUGCCUGGGAGGAUUUAUUGGGUUGGAGCGAAAAUGCUGCCGCUGCUCGUAAAAUGCAAGAAGACAUGAUUGUCUUGAAGCAUGCUCUAAAUCGUUUAGGCAAUAAAUCAUCAUAUGAACAGUUAGAUACAGAACCAUCAAUUCAAAUUGCUAUCGAAGCUCUAAAGAAUGAAAAAACCCAAUUGCAGACAUAUCGUACAAAUAUGUUAAAAUUGAAUGCCUCCGUCCAUAGUUGGUUAACAAAACAGGAGAGACGUUUACAAAACGCUGUUGUCGAACAACAAUUGAAAGAAGCCGCUGCCAAAGUGGCCAGCAUUGAAUUGUUAGAGGAAAAAGACGAAUUUGAGUCCGAACACAACAAUAAACUGGCGAUCGGCGGCAUUACAUCAACAACAGCCUCAGCAGAAGAACCUGAUAGUACAACAACAACAACGGCAGCAGUAGGAACAGCAUCCGCAAACAAAACAACCAUGAUAACUGUCACCGAUAGUAAUGGCAAUCAAGUUGAAACCCACACCGCCACCACCACCACUACAACAACAGCAUCUGCAAUGAUGGCAUCAACAAGCAGCAUUGGUACCUGUACCACCACACACACAAUUGCCAAUGAAAAGAAUUGGGAUUUACAAUCCUUGAUAACAUCGGAAAAUGAAUUCCACAAACAUUUAAAAGAUGAAGUCAGCGAUAUGUACACAGCCUGGGAUGAGGCGGAUUCAAGAAUCAAUUCACAAUUGGAAGUAUUAACCUCUUCCUUGACGGCAUGGCGUCAAUUGGAAUGUGGCCUAUCAGAAUUCCAAUUGGCUUUGGGCCAGGAUCGUGGCACAUUGCAAGGUUUGGAAGGUGCUUUGAAAACUGGCCAAGCCACUCCCGGGGAGUUGGCCCAGAAUGUUAAACUGGUGGCUAAAUUAUUGUCCGAAAAAGUUAAUGUUAGCCAGGAACAGUUAAUUGCCGUUCAGGAUUACUUGGAUCCCAAUCACAUCCUUUACAUUGCCAAAUUUACCGCCUCAAAUGGUUCUCUUUCGGAUUCUGGCAUUUCAGAUGGUGGUGCUACCUCUGAUGGUGGUCUCUCAGAACGAGAACGCCGUUUGGGUGUCUUGAGACGUUUGGCCAAACAAUUGGAAUCGGCCUUGGCUCCAGGCAGCGAGGCCAUGAAAUCAAUUGCCGCCCGCAUGGAAUCGGCCGAAAAUGAUUUAAAGAGUCUUCAAAAUACCUGUCGCGAUUUAAUUGUGAGAACAGCAGCUUCUCAUCAAAGCAAGAAACAACAAGCCCAAGAUCAAGUGACUGAAAAGAAAGAUCAAACAGAUUCGAAAACAGCACAACAAUUGAAACAUGCCAACGGUUGCCUUAAGGGACGUCAUGCAAAUGGUAAUGCUACUGAAGAGGUCACAUCGUCAACUGGAGGCUCUUCGUUGAGCAGACGUAAACGCAAAAAUCGUCGUAGCUCGGCGACUGCACCCACAAACUCCAUUGCCGCGGCUGAUAUGGCUCAAAGCAAUGCCUUGCAAAUGACCUCUACCACCGUCACACCCGAUGGUGAUGAUGAUCCCUCCGAUGACAAUUCCAAUUACGAUUUAGAUUCAUCCGACGAUGAAUUGAAUCCCAAAUCAAAACGCGGCUGGGCCUGGCGUAUCGCCCGUGUGGCCGUACCCAUGCAAUUGGCCUUGUUCACCGUGUUCUGUGCCGCCUGUCUUAUGCAGCCAAAUUGUUGCGACAACAUCAAUAAUUUGUCCAUGAGUUUCACACCGCAAUUGCGUUACAUACGAGGACCACCACCCAUUUGAAGGGUUUAUGCAGCGCCAACGGCAGCAAAGGUCAUACCCGAUUGUAUCCUUUGAUUUGCAUGCAUUACUAAAGUCUCUAUAAGGUUAGGGAUUAUGUUAAGCUUAAGGUCCCUUGUAUAAGGAAUCCCACGGAUUCAUUCCACCACAUAUAGGGCAUUCAGACAAAUCACAUUUGAGACAGACAAAAGAAAAUGCGCUACAAAAGCAUCCAAGUA